AACAUAAACUGCAACCAUCUGUGAAACUUCAUUGUAGAAUGGGGGCAAGAUGUCGCCUGUUAUGAAAACAAGCUUUCUGAGCCUCGUUAUAUUUUCUUUCCAAGUGAUAAAAAUCCAAGUUCUAGCCUGCAGCAUUCCACCUCCCACAGUUGAAUGCAACGGCUCGGGAUGCAUUCUGUACAACAACCAGGGAUUGUGGGAAGACCACUCUCCAUGCACCGCCGCCAAAUCUGCAUUUCCCACGAGCGAAGCCCAACUGGUGGCUGCAGUUGCCGACGGCGUGAAAAACAAGCAGAAGAUUAAUGUUAUCAGCGGAUGGGCUCACAGUCACACAAGGCUAGCCUGUGUGGGCGAUGGCGGGCUCAUCAUCAGCACAAGAGAUUUUGCAUCUAAAUUACAGCUCGACAAGACCGCUAAAACUAUUACAGUCGAUCCAGGUGUUAUUUUCCGAGAUCUGUUGGACGCAGCCGCCAAAGAAGGCCUCGCCUUCCCGACCUCGACUUCCUGGGACGGCGUCUCAGCCGCCGGAUCGAUCAGCACAGGAGCCCAUGGUAGUGGGCUCGUCGGAAAAGGCUCUGCCAUUAAUGAAUAUGUCGUUGGGCUGAGACUCGUAGUUCCUGCGCCUGCUUCCGAAGGGUAUGCUAAAGUUAUUCAGUUGACAGAAGGGGAUGAAGAUUUGAAAGCCGCCAGAUUUUCAUUGGGUACUCUGGGUGCCAUUUCGCAGAUUACGUUUGCUCUGGAGCCCAUGUUCAAGCGAUCUGUGUCUUUGAGUUUGGAAGACGACGCUGGUUUAGAGGAUCGGCUCGAGAGAUUCCUGAGAGGCACCGAAUUCGCAAAUAUAUACUGGUAUGUCGCCCAUGCGAAGGCCUUUUUGGGGAAAAUCGACAGAGUGUCUGUGGAUACACCAGGCAAUGGCGUCAACAAGGUCUCUUACCUGCCCACCACGGUCGCCAAAGUAGAAAAAAGCUCUGCGAAAUACGAUGCAUACGAAGCCAAUCAUGAUGAUGUGAGUCUUUGCAACGAGACAGGAAAAUCCAUGACCAGUAGAGUGGCAGGAGGCGGCGGGUUUCUGAACGACGGAGUAAAUUUCACGGGGUACCCAGUUGUGGGAUUUAAUCACCUGAUGCAAGUCUCGGGUGGAUGCCAAGAUUACCACCAGAAGCAAGACAAUCAGUCGUCCUGUACGACCUCCAAAAUUACAGACAAAAACCAGUCAAUCUGUGCGUGGGAUCGGCGAGUAAACUCCAGGCUGUCAUUCGAUCUCGAAAUUAGGGUUCCUCUCUCUCGGGCUCCAGACGCCAUCAAAGACAUAAAAAAGAUCAGAGAUCUCAAUCCCAACGCCCUUUGUGCCGUCGAAGGUUCUGGCAUCAUUAUGCGUACAAUUAAGAAAUCUGAAGCUUAUCUGGGCCCUCCAGAAGACAUGGUGACAUUUGAGGUUGCUUAUUACAGGUCCAGGGAGGCCUAUGUUCCAAAGUCUAACAUGGACAUCUACCAGGAGAUUGAGCAAUUGCUGAUUGAGAAAUAUGGAGGGAAUCUGCACUGGGGGAAAUCAGGCGGUCACCUGUUCGAGGGAUUGGCAAACAAGAUGGUGAAUUUGCCCAAAUUCUUGGAGGUUAAAAAGAGGCUUGACCCACAGGGCUUAUUCUCCAAUGACUGGACAGAUGCCUUGUUAGGACUUGGGGGUAAAAAAGUAGAGAUUUUGAAGAAGGGAUGUGCACUGGAGAAGCUGUGCAAAUGUAGAAAGGAUAUCCACUGUGCACCUGACAAAGGCUACCUGUGCAAACCAGGCCGCGUUUGGGCAAAUGCUCGGGUGUGCAGAAAAGGCAAUUAAGGAAUUUGGUCUUCAGCUUCUUUUCAGACAUUGUUCAUGUUGUGGACCGCCUUCAUUUGAUGCCUUUCUCUGUUUUUCUUUCUGAGCAAUUUGCUUGGUUAUUGUAGUUCCUUGUUGUUGCCCAUGAGCAACUAGAUUUAGAUUUAGGUAUUUUUAAUGGAAAUUGCAGUCUGCACUUAAAACGAAUAAUCCAGAGUUGCUCAAACAGCUGUGUGAGUAUGAUUCUCUGAGACCACCAUACCAUAAAAGUAAAAAUGCAGAACUUUUAUAUUAGAAACGGAUUAAGUUGUUUCAUUGAACAAAUAAAUGGUUUUAUAAAUGACAACUUGUCAAUUUAAUGUCUGUGUCAUUGAACGA